GCAAUUUUCUACUUGUCUACAGACAUAAAGUAUAAAGAUGGCGGAAAUAACACACAUCAAUCCAUUGCUGCUUGUCACCGAGAAGCAAAUACAAGGUGUGCGUGCGUGCUGCGACCUGGACGUGAAACAACUCCGAGAGUCCAUCGACGCGGUCCUGGAGUGGUGUUCCAAGGAGCCACAUCUUGAAGGAGCUGUUCCGAUAUUGAAAAAACUCCGCUUGAUAGAACGAACUCUGCUGAUCACACAAGGGUCCAUAGAAGAGACUAAGAAGAGAAUAGAAGCUGUCUUGACCUCGAGGGGAAUGAUGCCCGAACUGAGUCACAAUCGGUCUGUCGACGAAUUUAAAACUAUCCUCGGUUGUGUAAAUUACGUGAACCUACCAAAACUAUGUCCAUCAGACAACUCAAGAGUGAUCUUAGUCAAUUUCAACAAGGAGAACAUCGAUGAUUUCACACUAUUAGCUUACUUCAGAUAUGCAUUUUAUGUAGGGGAAUACAGGCUAUUCGAUGAUUAUACUAUCAAUGAGAGGCAUGUGAUUGAUCUAGAAGGUGUGAAUUUGGGACUGCUCACUAAAAUCAACCCCAUUUUGUUGAAAAAAGCAGAAUUAUUGGCCACAGAAGGUUACGGUACAAAAAUAAAAGGUAUUCACAUACUCAACGCACCAAGUUGGGUAGACAGAUUCGUGUUUAUUCUGAAGCAGUGCAUGAAACCGAAGGUAGCGGGGAGGCUGCACGUCCAUAACUCCAUCAGCGACUUCCAGAAACACGUGCCGAAGGAAAUCUUGCCUAAAGAGUAUGGCGGUGAUGAGCAGUCAGUCAGAAAGAUAGCUGACGCCUGGAAUGACUUUAUGAGCAAUGAAGAGACAAAGCAAAAAAUUAAGAAUUUAGACCAACUUGUAGCCGACGAAACCAGAAGAACAAACACUAAGUUCAACGAUGAAUACCUGGGCAUGCCUGGCUCUUUCAGAAAACUUAAUGUUGAUUAGAAUAAUUGAUAUAUUUAGGA